AUGGACUAUUCCUACCUGAACCAGGCGGCGGCCGGAUUCGAUUCCAGCUGCCUCCAGGGUGGUAUGGACCCGACGGGGCUCGGCAAUAUGCCCUGCACCUACGGGGAUCUGACGUCGUGUAGUCAGAUGUCGCAGGCCGCCUAUCGGUACACGGCAGCGGCGGCAUCGAUGGCCCGUUCGUACAACCCAGUCGGAACGGGAGUUGGACCCGGGAAUGUGGGAAUGAGCGCGCUGCACCAUGCUGCGGCGGCGGCGGCCGGACCCGGCAGCCAGUGCUCGGUGAUGGGUGGCAGGACGCAUCAGGAUGUGCACCGAGCUUCCAUGUUUCAGACGUCGAUGAAUUUGCAGUCUGGUCUCCCCUACAAGGUCUACUCCGGCCACGAUUCGGUACUGGCGGAGAAACGAAAACAACGCCGGAUACGAACCACCUUCACAUCGGCCCAGCUCAAGGAACUGGAACGAGCCUUCCAGGAGACGCACUAUCCGGACAUCUACACCCGCGAGGAAAUUGCCAUGAAGAUUGACCUCACCGAGGCGAGGGUACAGGUUUGGUUCCAGAACCGGCGGGCCAAAUUCCGGAAGCAGGAACGGAUCGCUCAGCAGAAAGUCUCCAGCAAUAACAACAAUAGCAACACGAGCAACAACAACAAUCCGGACUCGUCGUCGGUGAAGUCGGAGCAGAAAACGUCCGGCGGAAGUACGACCCCCAAGGACAUCAAACCGGGCUCACCGCUGUCGACGGUUUCCACCACACCCAACUCGAGUGCUUCCUCCCACCAAUCGAACGGAGAUAUCAAACCUAUUAAUGGAAAACUCACCGAUUCGGAUCUGAACGGACUGGGACCGCACCACGGUAGUGUCGGUGGGGGAGUCAUCGGAUCGCACCACCACCACCACAGCAGCAGCAGCACCAGCAGCAACAACAAUAACAAUAACAACAACAAAUGGAGCUCGUCCUGCAAUCCGCUGUUGCAAAGCCAGAAAGCAUCCUCAGCGGUCAACCAUUUGGGCAUGAAUCACAAUCUGCAGAAUCAUCACCAUCAUGCGGUGGCGGCGCUGUCGUCUCCGUUUUCGUCGCUGCUGGGAGCGGGCGGUGGAGCCGCCGGGUACCUUCUGGAUCCGCUCGGAGGGCUCAACAAAACCACCGCCGCCAAUCAUCUGUUCUAA